AUGGAAUGCAAAACGGCUAAAGAAAUGUGGACAACACUCCAAACUCACCAUGAAGGAACAAGUCGUGUCAAGGAAACAAGAAUUGACAUUGGUGUUAGAAAAUUUGAGCUAUUUGAAAUGAAGGAAGAUGAAUCAAUUGAUCAGAUGUAUGGAAGAUUCACAAUUAUCAUAAAUGAACUUAACUCAUUAGGGAAGAAAUUCUCUAUACAUGAAAGAGUAAGAAAAGUGCUUAGAUGCUUACCAAAGAGUUGGAGACACAUAGUAACAGCAAUCACAGAGUCAAAAGAUCUCACUGAGGUUAAAUUAGAAGAUCUCAUUGGAUCUUUAAAAGCUCAUGAGUCCAUUCUCCAGGAAGACAAACCUAUGAAAAACAAGAUGAUUGCAUUAGAUUCACAGACUAAAGAACGUUCUAAGAACAAAGAAGCAGUGGAGGAAGACAACAAGUUUCUUCAAGAAGAUGAUGAAGAAGAGUUAGCAUUUUUAUCCAGAAGGAUACAAAAGCUAAUGAUGAGAAGAAAUCAGAUUAAGAAGAACUUUCCACCAAGAAGAAAUGGAUCUAAACCAGAAGUAGAUAUCAGCAAAAUACAAUGCUAUGGAUGCAACCAAUUUGGACACUACAAGAAUGAAUGUCCUAAACAAAAGAACUCUCCUUACAAAUCCAUGAUGGCAACCUGGGAUGAGUUAGAUGAAGUACAAGAAGCAGAAGAAGAACAAGAAGCUAAUGUAUGUCUCAUGACAAAUGCAAACAUUGAAGAGGAAUGUCAUCUAGCAAUGAAGAAAAAGCCUUGGUACUUGGACAGUGGUUGCUCAAGACAUAUGACAGGAGAUAGACAAAGCUUUCUUUCAUUUGACAAGAAGGAAGGAGGAACAGUUACCUUUGGAAACAAUGAAAAAGCAAGUAUAAAAGGUAAAGGUACUAUUGGUAAGAAUAAUUCUGCAAAAAUUGAAAAUGUUCACUAUGUAGAAGGACUUAAACAUAACUUAAUUAGCAUUAGUCAAUUAUGUGACAAUGGUCUUGAAGUUAUUUUUAGAUCUCAUACUUGUGAAAUAAAACAAUCUGACAAAACUCUUUUCUAUGGAUCAAGAAUAAAGAAUGUAUAUGUCAUAUACUUAGAUGAACUGCCUACUGAAUCCUGCUUUGUUUCUCUUGAAAAAGACAAAUGGAUUUGGCAUAAAAGGGCUGGACAUAUAAGUAUGAAGACUAUGUCAAAACUCUCUAAACUUGAUCUAGUUAGAGGCUUACCUGAUAUUAGUUUUGACCUAGAUAAAGUGUGUGAAUCUUGUGCAAAGGGUAAACAAGUUAAAAGUAGUUUUAAACCAAAAGAUUUUGUUUCAACAAAAAGACCUCUUGAACUACUUCACAUAGAUUUAUUUGGACCUGUCAAAACUACUAGUCUUGGUGGCAAAAAUUAUGAUAUAUCAUAUACCAACACCUUUAAUGAUGAAGAAGAAGUAAGGAAUGAACAAAGUAAUGAUGAGAAUCAAGAACCUACAGCUCAAGGACCUCCAAAGACUUGGAGAACUGUUGGUUAUCAUCCACCAGAACAAAUUAUAGGGAAUACUGAAGAUGGUGUAAGAACUAGAAGGGCUUUACUGAACAAGGAGAAUAAUCUGGCAAUGAUCUCUCAGAUAGAACCAAGAUCAAUAAAUGAAGCUAUCACUGAUGAAUCUUGGACUGAAGCCAUGAAAGAAGAACUCCUGCAAUUUGAAAAGAAUGAGGUUUGGAAUCUAGUACCACUUCCACAAAAUCACUCAAUCAUUGGAACAAGGUGGGUCUUCAGAAACAAACUUGAUGAAAAUGGUAAGUUUCUAAAUGGUUUUUUAAAUGAAGAAGUUUAUGUACAUCAACCUCCUGGGUUUAUUGAUCAACAAAAACCUAAUCAUGUUUUUAAAUUAACCAAAGCUCUUUAUGGACUAAAACAAGCUCCAAGAGCUUGGUAUGAAAGAUUAAGCUCAUUUUUACUUGAAAAUGGUUUUUCUAGAGGAAAAAUUGACACUACACUUUUUAGAAAAAUUGAUAAACAUGAUUUACUUAUUGUACAAGUAUAUGUUGAUGAUAUUAUAUUUGGUGCUACUAAUGAAAAGUUAUGUGAAGAAUUUUCUGAACUUAUGCAAAGUGAAUUUGAAAUGAGCAUGAUGGGAGAACUUAGUUUCUUUCUUGGCUUGCAAGUCAAGCAACAUGAAAAUGGAAUUUUCAUCAGUCAAGAAAAAUAUAUAAAGGAUCUUCUCAAGAAAUACAAGAUGAAUGAGGCCAAGAUAAUGUCAACACCAAUGCAUCCAUCAACAAGCUUGGACAAAGAUGAAAAAGGAAAAGAUGUAUCUGAAAAGGAAUAUAGGGGAAUGAUUGGAUCACUCCUAUAUUUAACUGCAAGUAGACCAGACAUUGUCUUCUCAGUAGGUCUAUGUGCUAGAUUUCAAACAUCACCAAAGGAAUCUCACCUAACUGCAGUAAAAAGGAUCUUCAGAUAUCUAGUUGGUACACCAGAUGUUGGUCUUUGGUACCAAAAUAAAUCACAUUUUGAGUUAAAAGCAUUUUGUGAUGCUGAUUAUGCUGGUGACAAAGUUGAGAGAAAAAGCACCAGUGGAGCAUGUCAAUUUCUUGGAGAAGCUCUUGUAAGUUGGUGUUGCAGAAAACAAAACACCAUAGCACUUUCAACAACUGAAGCAGAGUAUGUAUCUGCAGCAACUUGUUGUUCUCAGGUAAUAUGGAUCAAGAAUCAACUUGAAGACUUCUCAUUAAGGUACACAAAAAUCAAAAUCUUAUGUGAUAACACUAGUGCUAUUAAUUUAUCAAAAAACCCCAUUCAGCAUUCUAGAUCAAAACAUAUUGAAAUCAAACAUCACUUUAUUCGUGAUCAUGUCAACAAAAAUGAUGUUGAAUUAGUUUUUAUUGAUACUGAAAAUCAGUUAGCUGAUAUUUUUACUAAGCCAUUAGUUGAGGAACGUUUCAAUUUUAUCAAAGAAAAAUUGAAAAUCAUCAGAAAUCCAAGCCAGAUUUGAAAUAUUAAA